AAACAGAGUGGCCGUUCAGAGGAAUUGGCUAUCCCUUAUCGGCAUUACACCGCCGUCUUAAAGAGGCCAUCCCAUUGGCUGAACCCUUUAUCCUAUCUGCUGACUGGAUUGAGCAGAUUCUUCAAAGAAUGGCCAAGAUGAAGGAUGGCGACGUUUCUGACUGUUGCGCAAUCUCAUCGGGUAGCCGUGUCCCGGUAUUCACCAUUUGCGAGGGUUGUUUCGACGUGCUUCGGUGGUCCUAAUUUGAGAUUACAUUCAGGAUGGCAGGAAGGCACGACCAUCAUAAUCUCAGGGAGGAAAACGUUGAUCCUCGUGGAGUCUCUGAGGUGGGUUGAGUGAGAGCUGGGCCUCUACUCGCUGUGAUGAAGAGACCUAGGUCUCGGGGGGGCGGGGAGCUCCUGGGACGCAACACGGAGGACGACGGUGAACCGGACGAGUCCUCCUCUCUAAAGUCGUCUUGGUUCCUGGCAAACACCAUGAACUACGUGGGCCAGCUGGCAGGUCAGGUGCUGGUAACCGUCAAAGAACUGUAUAAAGGCAUAAAUCAGGCCACCUUGUCCGGCUGCAUCGAUGUCGUGGUGGUCCUCCAGAGAGAUGGCACCUACCAGUGCUCACCGUUCCAUGUGCGCUUUGGCAAGCUGGGUGUCCUGCGCUCCAAAGAGAAAGUGAUUGACAUUGAAGUGAACGGAGAGCCAGUCGAGCUGCACAUGAAGCUUGGUGACAAUGGAGAGGCCUUUUUUGUCCAGGAAGCGGAGCAGCUGAAUAUUGUUCCCGCCCACCUGGCCACCUCCCCAAUCCCCACCGAGAGUCACCUGUUCUGGAUGUCGGAGGUUGAGCACAGGGCACUAAAAGAUCUGGAGGAUGACCCCGCUGACCCCGAGGACCCGCCGGAGCCUCCUGCUCCGAGCACCAUGGCCACAAAAAAGAAGAAGAAACGGAGGAAGAAGCACAAGGGGGACCCCCGAAGGGAGGAGCUGACCCCGCCAAUGUCGGUCACUGCUGGUAAUGCUAAUGCUGCCAACGCACCUGCUGCUAACCCCCCCGCUGCCAUGUCCAGCUCUGGGCAAAAUGAAGAGAUCUUUGAGAUGGACCUGAGCUCUGAUGAGGAAGCUGCAGUGCAUGUCUCCAGGUCACCAUCCAUAACCACAAUGCGAGACAUUGACCCCAAAUUACCCGCAGCCAGACGCAGCCUUGAUGGAUAUCCGCUUUCUGACGGGGACUGGCCGUCAAAUGACAGUCAUGGCUUGUCGCAGGCUUUUUCCCCAAAGAGCGACUCUGAACUGAUGGUCAGGAACUCAGAGAGUUUGCUCAGAGCGGAGUCCCACAUGCAGUGGACGUGGGGGGAGUUUCCAGAAACAACCAGGGUCUCCAAAAAGGAGAAACUAGAGCUCAUAAAGAAGGUGACCAUCACCCCUUCGGCGAGCACCCACUUCCGCGUCAUCCUCAGCUCUGAGGCCAUGGAGAACGAGACUGAGAUUGAAAGGGGAGAUAGCCCCUCCCCCUCCUCCUCCUCAGUGUGCACUAUUGUCAAGCCGAAGCCACGCACCCCUAUGACCACUAUAACACCUUUGAUUCCGCUCGACUCGGACGACAUCAUACCACCUGGGAGCCCUCUAACUCCCACCGAGCCCCUGGACGUCCUGCCGCCCAAUGUGACAACCUCCACCCCUUCCAACAGCCAACUGAGCGAUUCACCCUCGAAGAAGAAAGGUGUCCCAAAGCGGAGCCAGCACCAGGGUCCGGAGGAUAUCUACCUCGAUGACCUGAAUGUACUUGAACCGGAUGUUGCUGCAAGAUAUUUCCCUAAGAGUGAGUCUGAGGCGGCGACGAAGCACUGGAUGGACUCGGAGAUGCACUCUGGUUCCCAGUCUCCCCAGUCGGUGGGCAGCGCGGCAGCAGACAGCGGGACAGAGUGUCUUUCUGACUCGGCGAGUGACCUCCCCGACGUCACGCUCUCUCUGUGCGGAGGCCUCACGGAAAAUGCUGAAAUAUCCAAAGAAAGGUUCAUGGAACAUAUCAUCACCUAUCUAGAAUUUUCUGAAAAUCCAGCAAUUAUAGAUAACCCCAACCUGGUAGUAAAUAUAGGAAAUAGAUAUUAUAAUUGGACGCUCGCUGCGCCCUUGAUUUUAAGUCUACAAGCAUUUCAGAAGAAUCUACCAAAGGCUACAGAGGAAGCCUGGGUGAAGGAGAAAAUGCCAAAGAAGUCGGGCCGCUGGUGGUUCUGGCGAAAAAGGGCAGACAGUACAAUCAAGCAGUCGGAGACUAAGCUUGAAACCAAGGAGGAGUGUCAGCUGGAGGAGGGAACAUCCAUGUCUCAGGAGAAACUGCCCUUGCCUCCUAAAGCAGGAGACUCAUCCAGCGAUGAAGAGGCCAAGGAAGUGAGCGCUGCAUCUUGUCAGGAGAGACUGCAGCCAAUAGAAAGUCAGCACCACCCCAACCAACACUCCUACAGGAAGUCGCUACGCCUCUCCUCUGAUCAGAUAGCCAGUCUGAAACUGAAGGAAGGCCCUAAUGAUGUGACGUUCAGCAUCACCACCCAAUACCAGGGCACGUGCCGCUGCGAGGGCACCAUCUACCUGUGGAACUGGAACGACAAAGUCAUCAUCUCUGACAUUGAUGGCACCAUCACCAAGUCGGACGUGUUUGGUCAGAUUCUGCCACAGUUGGGGAAGGACUGGACCCACCAGGGCAUCGCCAAGCUCUACCACUCAGUAGCGGAGAAUGGCUACAAGUUCCUGUACUGCUCAGCACGGGCGAUUGGCAUGGCGGACAUGACGAGAGGUUACCUGCAGUGGGUCAAUGAUGGAGGCACCAUUCUACCCCGAGGACCUCUCAUGCUGUCUCCCAGCAGCCUCUUCUCUGCCUUCCACAGGGAGGUCAUUGAGAAGAAACCAGAGAUCUUCAAGAUUGAAUGCCUUACAGAUAUCAAGAACCUGUUCCAGCAUAACAAGCAGCCAUUCUACGCCGCCUUUGGGAAUAGAGCUAAUGAUGUGUUUGCCUAUAAGGAGGUGGGAGUUCCAGUGUGUCGGAUCUUCACAGUCAACCCCAAGGGGGAGCUGAUCCAGGAGCAGACCAAGGGCAACAAGUCCACUUACUGCAGGCUCAGUGAGCUGGUGGAGCACGUGUUCCCCCUGUUGAGUAAAGAGCAGAACGAGGCCUUCGUCCUGCCGGAGUACAGCUCGUUCUGCUUCUGGAGGCAGCCCAUAGCCGGCAUCCACCCGGAUGAGCUGCUCUAAUCCAGCACGGAUGGAUACCCAGGUGCUCGUAUACAUGCAGCCGGACUGUGCACUUGAAUGCAUCUCCAGGAAACACACAGACUGAAACCCCAGAUGACCUAUUUAGUACUCGACCACGCUCGCACAGUAACGGGGUUAUGACCACGAACGCGAGCGGUGUCGCCCCAUUGGAGACGAGUGAAAGUUAUCGCCAGAGCAGUAUAAUCCCUGUGAGACGAGAGACCCAUCGCCAACUAGACGAUCGUCUUUCCUCCUGCCUGUGAAGGCAUCGUCACCCAACGAGCACUAUGUAGUCCCCAUCAAAGCACAGGGGUGAAGAUCGGAGACUUCUCUUCUCUCUGUGACUUCGAGAAAACCGAUUGGUCUCCAGUUGCCAUCAGGGCCACCGUGGCUGAGGCGUAACCCGAGCUGUGGAGAAGGCAAAUAAAUUUCUUCUUGAUAACAUUUUUUUUUUGUGUGAAAUGAAACAUUUGAAGCAAAAAGAAGAAGAAAAAAAUGAAACGCAGGGUAGGAACUCGACACUGGCCACGACUCAUGCCGGUAAUAGUUAGCUGUGGCUGCGAUGUUUGCCUGCAGUUAUCCAGCCUGUAAUCUGUUCUAUAACGAGAAGUACCAUGAACCAUACGCAGCAGGUUUAUGAAAGCUACUGAAGUCGCUCAGUUUUGUUCUGGACUCUGGACUCUGGAUCCACCGACCGGUCGGCCGCGCUCUGUUGCUGGAUCAGAUCCCAAAUCGCCGGAGAGAGCGCGCGACGUUUGUGCCGACCGCGUCACGUCGGUGUUGUUAAUAUUCACGGUCGUACCGGGGAUUGCCACAAGUAUGAGAGGGUGCACAUUUGGAUGUGACUUAAAAAGCUAAAUGAAGGAGCCUGCAUUGUCUCGCUGUUAUUCUCAAUUGGUUAUUCUGUCACACGAGCUCUGGCGAAUCGAGUGUUUUGUUAACAAUGCAGUCGUUAUUUAUGAUAAUUGGUAUGUUUUAAGUUAUUGAGUUCUAUCGUGAUGCCUUUUGCUUGUCUGAAAACAGUAAUUUAUCACCGAUGUGGAAAUACUUUCAGUUGGUAUUUUGUAUGGUUGGUCAUAAGUUAACAUGCACUUAACAGUAACGGCUCGGCCUCGUACGAUUUAGUUGUUUUUAAAUCUGAGUGUUUGUCAGAUCUGUAUCCCAUCUCCAAAACGAUAUGUACUCCUUGUUUUACAGUGAAACUUUUGAUGUGCAAGGUACCUACACGGUCCUCGGCAAACCUCAGAAUCCGCAGAAUAGGUAUUAAAAUAUGUGUAAAUGUAACGCUUGAGUUGGAGCAGUGAGCCGAUCUAGAGGGAGAGGGAGGGCUUAAAAUGAAGGAUUUUACGACGCAGCUCUCUUUUGCAGGAUCCCUAUGGGAAGGUGUGUGUGACUGCGUGUGUGUGUGUGUAGACUGAUCCUGUGCCUCUGGAGCCAAAGGAAGAACCAUAAACAGGAAAUACUUGAGGAAGCCUUUUGAAAGCGUUUCACCGGCGUUGCGUGGGUUUGGUUGUCGGAUACAGACUCGUGGACGGACGUGCGACUCAAAAUUCAGAAAAGAGACUUAAAGGACGAAAACGAUUCAAUAAAAUAAGCACAAUUAACGAUCGUGGCUCCGUCCACAUCGCCACUAUUAUCGUAAUUUUUCCGAUUCAGUGUUUCCGCUCUCGGCCUGCAGCGAUGUGGGUUUUGUGAUGAUCGAGGACGGGUGUUUUGCAUCGAUUUAAUUGAUCGUGCUCGACACAGUUUGGUAAAGUCAAAUAGAUAUAUAUAUAUAUAUCUUGCGAUAAACAAAAUUGAUUCCAUUCUUUCUAUGAAAGUAAAGCAUCUUGUGUGGAAGAAUCACACUUCAUCCUCUAUGACCGUGGUGUGUGUGUAUAAAUACAUGUGUAAUAUUGUUUGCUCUCACUCGACUGCUGUGGAAAAUGAUCCAGUGUGUGUGUGCUGAUCGUCACAUUCUUCUGUCUUCGACGCCUUCUGGUUUUAUUGUUUCUGAUAAAGGUUCUGAUCUGCUGUGGGUCUGUUUCCCGCCUGCUCUUUGAUUGUGUCUGACCGACAGAAAUACCUGAAGUGUAUGCUGUGUUUUGAUUUGUAUAGGAAAUGUGGUUUAAAGUAUGUUUAAAGAACAAAUUAAGUUGUAAGAAGAAAAGAAAAUACAGGCCUAAUGAAGCUAACCAAGUGUGGCUUGCAGUCCCCAUUUGUAUUGAAUAAAGUUUGUAACUGAA